UGGCCCUGGGCCCUCCGCCUGGCCCCGCAGACGCUGGAGCUGCUGGCGCUGCCGUGCUGCCUGGAGGAGCCGGAGCCCGAGCGCCGGUAUUGCAUUUCAGAUGACUUAAAAAUAGGAUAUUACAGCACAGAUCAUGCUACGCAAACAGAUAUCAAAGAAAUACCAGAAUUAGAGGAGCUAGCUAUUGCUGCGCAAGCUUUAAUCAAGAUUUUGAUCGCUCACUCCCUCCAGCAAGAUUUGUUCAUCUACAAAAGCAUCACUCAAGCACAACACGAAGAAAAAAUUGAAGACCAGGCUUCAAAUCUCUGUGAAUACAUAAAUAAUAGACUGACAGACAUUGAGUUUUUUCAUAAGUGGGAUAAGAGAAAAAUUCUUGUUUACUUACAUAAAGAAGUCCAAAUUUUAUAAAGCUACCCAUAACAGUUAUGUAUGCACGAUGCACUGGCUAUUCUCAGAGCAAAUACUGAGAAGUAUUACGACAUAAAUGGAGAAGACACAGAGGGUUCACCAGGAAAACUGAAGCUUUUACAUAACAAGCUACACGAGAAAAAGUUUGUAAUUGAAGAUCUGGAGAGAAAAUUGCAGGAAUACCAAGAAAAAGGAAGGGCUAAAAUGGUUGUCUUUGAAGAUGAUGACCAUGAAAAAAAAAAUCUUGAAAAAGAGAAUGAGGAUUUCAAAGAAGAGGUUUUGAAACUGCACAAUGAGAUUUCUCGUCUCGAAAAUGCAUUGAAGCGCUCUGAAAAGGAAAAAUAUUUAUUAGAUAAACGAGUGCAAAGAAUGAGAUCAAAAAUGGAAGCUGGUGAGCAAACUGUUCGAAAGUUGAUUGAAAUUCAAGAAAGAAUGAAGGCAGCACUUGAAAAUGAAAGAUCAUUAGUUAAAAGUCUGAUAACAUAUAUAGUACCUGAGCAGCAAGCUGCUGAGAGAACCCUGACUGCUGAAACUGAGAAACUGAAGAAACAUAAAGGUCAAGAAAGGCAAACCGCAGAAAGAAAGAAAGCUGAGCAAAGUAAUACAAUAUGGAAAAAGAAAUUCCAGUUUCUACAGGUGGCUUGUCCUGUUUGUGUUGAAAAUGAUACAAGAGAUAUGAAGGGAUUCAGAGCUGGGUUAUAUUUGCCUUCAACUUUGCCUAAUACCUCAACCUCAGUGGGUAGAUUAUGA